AUUCCGAAUAUACCCCUCCUCGAAAUAAAACUCGGUUAUUUUCCGAAAAUAUUUUUUCCGUUGUCUCGUUGCAGAGUCUCCUCACCUCUCUCUCUCUCUCUCUUUCUCGUCUCUGCAGUUCACCGUCCUCCGCCGUUCGCAGAUUCGUCGAUCGGACGACCCAUCUAUCACUAUCAAUGACUAUGAUGACUCCUCCACCGUUAGAUCAGGAAGACGACGAGAUGUUGGUACCUCAUUCGGAUUUCGCUGACGGUCCCCAGCCAAUGGAAGCAGUUGCGCAAGCGGAGACUGCCAGUACAGUUGAGAACCAGCCAGUCGAGGAUCCUCCGUCUUCGAGAUUUACGUGGACGAUUGAUAACUUUACUAGGUUGAACGCUAAGAAGCACUACUCUGAAAUUUUCUUUGUCGGGGGUUAUAAAUGGCGGGUGCUCAUUUUUCCCAAGGGAAACAACGUGGACCAUUUGUCCAUGUAUCUAGACGUUGCUGAUUCGGUGAAUUUGCCUUACGGAUGGAGUAGAUACGCUCAAUUCAGCUUGGCUGUGAUUAAUCAAAUCCAUAACAAAUACACAGUUAGAAAAGACACACAACAUCAAUUCAAUGCUCGAGAGAGUGACUGGGGUUUUACGUCGUUCAUGCCUCUCAGUGAACUGUAUGACCCUGGUAGAGGAUAUCUUGUGAAUGAUACGGUUAUAGUUGAAGCUGAGGUUGCUGUCCGAAGGGUUGUGGAUUACUGGACCUAUGACUCGAAAAAGGAAACAGGUUAUGUUGGACUUAAGAACCAAGGGGCAACCUGUUACAUGAAUUCUCUUCUCCAAACUCUCUAUCAUAUCCCCUACUUUAGAAAGGCUGUUUACCAUAUGCCAACAACUGAGAAUGAUAUGCCAUCGGGGAGCAUCCCUCUGGCUCUGCAGAGCUUAUUCUAUAAGCUUCAGUACAGUGACAAUAGUGUUGCAACGAAAGAGCUGACCAAGUCUUUUGGAUGGGACACAUAUGAUUCAUUCAUGCAACAUGACGUCCAAGAACUUAAUAGAGUUCUUUGUGAAAAGCUGGAAGAUAAGAUGAAGGGAACUGUUGUGGAGGGUACAAUACAACAGUUGUUUGAAGGGCACCAUAUGAAUUAUAUUGAAUGUAUCAAUGUGGACUACAAGUCUACAAGAAAGGAGUCAUUUUAUGACCUUCAGCUUGAUGUCAAAGGCUGUCGAGAUGUUUAUGCUUCUUUUGACAAGUACGUGGAAGUUGAACGCCUUGAGGGUGAUAACAAGUAUCACGCUGAGCAACAUGGACUACAGGAUGCUAGGAAGGGUGUCCUGUUCAUUGACUUUCCUCCUGUCCUUCAACUUCAGCUAAAACGGUUUGAGUAUGAUUUCAUGCGGGACACUAUGGUUAAGAUAAAUGACCGCUAUGAGUUCCCUCUGGAAUUAGACCUUGAUAGAGAGAACGGAAAAUAUUUGUCCCCUGAAGCAGAUCGGAGAGUUCGCAACCUCUAUACCCUUCACAGUGUUUUGGUUCACAGUGGCGGGGUGCACGGUGGACAUUAUUAUGCUUUUAUCAGGCCAACCCUCUCUGACCAAUGGUUCAAGUUUGAUGAUGAACGGGUAACAAAAGAAGAUGUGAAGAGGGCCUUGGAGGAGCAGUAUGGUGGAGAGGAAGAGUUACCACAGACAAAUCCUGGCUUCAAUAACACUCCGUUUAAGUUUACGAAGUACUCCAAUGCAUACAUGCUUGUAUAUAUACGUGAAAGUGACAAAGAGAAAAUAAUUUGUAACGUGGAUGAGAAGGAUAUAGCUGAACAUCUUAGGAUAAGAUUGAAGAAAGAACAAGAAGAGAAGGAGCACAAGAAAAAGGAAAAAGCAGAGGCACACCUUUAUACCAUCAUAAAGGUUGCACGAAAUGAGGAUCUUGUUGAGCAGAUUGGGAGGGAUAUUUAUUUUGAUCUUGUGGAUCAUGACAAAGUCCGGAGCUUCCGUAUUCAAAAACAAAUGCCUUUUACUCUUUUCAAGGAGGAGGUUGCUAAAGAAUUUGGCAUACCAGUGCAAUACCAGCGCUUUUGGCUGUGGGCAAAGCGUCAAAACCAUACCUAUCGUCCAAACCGGCCAUUGACUCACCAGGAAGAGCAACAAUCUGUUGGACAGCUGAGGGAGGUUUCAAAUAAAGCGCAUAAUGCGGAGCUCAAGUUAUUCUUAGAAUUGGAGCUUGGACUGGAUUUGCGUCCUAUUCCUCCACCGGACAAGACAAAAGAGGAUAUUCUGCUUUUCUUCAAGCUAUAUGACCCUAAGAAGGAAGAGCUCCGGUGCUUAGUGUUUCCUGCCCUCCUACUGUUGUUUUCCCAAUGCAAAAAUCAUUUUUUUUGGGGGUGGGGGAUAAACCAAAUGACAUGGUUUUUUUUUUUCAGGUGCGUUGGAAGGAUUUUUGUUAAGGGUACUGGCAAGCCUGUGGAUAUCUUAACAAAGCUUAAUGAAAUGGCUGGCUUUGCCCCGAAUGAGGAAAUCGAACUCUAUGAGGAAAUUAAGUUUGAGCCUAGUGUCAUGUGUGAACACAUUGACAAGAAACUCACGUUUCGAUCUAGCCAGCUUGAAGAUGGGGACAUUAUUUGUUUUCAGAAAUCUCCUCCUGUUGACAGUGAUGAACAGUACCGAUAUCCUGAUGUUCCAUCGUUUUUGGAAUAUGUACAUAAUCGUCAGGUUGUUCAUUUCCGAUCUCUAGAGAAGCCAAAGGAGGAUGAUUUUUGUCUGGAGCUAUCAAAGCUUAACACAUAUGAUGAUGUUGUGGAAAGAGUUGCUCGCCAACUUGGUUUGGAUGAUCCAUCCAAAAUUAGGCUUACAUCCCACAAUUGUUACUCUCAGCAACCUAAACCCCAACCAAUUAAGUUCCGGGGGGUAGAGCAUUUAGCAGACAUGCUGGUCCACUACAAUCAGACUUCCGAUAUCUUGUAUUAUGAAGUAUUGGAUAUUCCUCUGCCUGAAUUGCAAGGUUUGAAAACUUUGAAAGUUGCUUUCCAUUCAGCCAUAAAGGAUGAGGUGGUCAUUCAUAGUAUAAGACUUCCAAAACAGAGCACAGUUGCAGAUGUAAUUAAUGACCUAAAAACUAAGGUCGAGCUGUCUCAUCCCAAUGCAGAACUCCGAUUGCUUGAAGUUUUUUAUCACAAGAUCUAUAAGAUCUUUCCCCCUAGUGAAAAGAUAGAGAACAUAAACGAUCAAUACUGGACAUUGCGAGCUGAGGAGAUUCCUGAAGAAGAGAAGAACCUUGGUCCUCAUGACCGCUUGAUUCAUGUUUACCAUUUCACAAAAGAUACUUCCCAAAACCAGAUGGUUCAGAACUUUGGAGAGCCCUUUUUCCUAAUCAUUCAUGAAGGCGAGACUUUAGCUGAAGUUAAAGUGCGUAUACAGAAGAAAUUGCAGGUUCCAGAUGAGGAAUUCACUAAGUGGAAAUUUGCAUUUUUGUCAUUGGGUCGUCCAGAAUACCUUCAAGAUUCUGACAUUGUAUCCAGUCGUUUUCAGAGAAGAGAUGUCUAUGGAGCUUGGGAGCAAUAUCUUGGACUGGAACACUCGGACAGUGCUCCUAAAAGGGCUUAUGCAGCUAAUCAGAACCGUCAUACAUUUGAGAAGCCGGUAAAAAUCUACAACUAGGUAAAAGCUGACGAACCUCCGCCAAAGCAUUGGCUGAACCCUAUAGCCUUCAGUGCCAUGUGUCGGUGUGAAAAUGGGGAAAGAAACCAGAAAAGAGAGGAUUCUGAAAGGAAAACAAAAAUUGGAAGCCACCAUUGAGGUGGUGUCUGCAGGGUUUGGUAACUGAUUUUGUAGCGUAUGUAUUCUUUAUUUCUAGUGUGGGUAGGGGAGAGACUUCCCUAAUGCGGUGUGUUUCUUCUGGCAUCGGCGACAACCCCGUCAAGUUCGCUUUUGCGUUCGUUUCUCUUCUGUUCUUUUCUGAAGGCCUCUUCUCACGUGCGAGGUCAGUGGCCAUCAUUAUUUUCAGUGUAAUUUAGCAGUACAUAAGAAGAUUUUGCACUAGGGGUGUAUACAGGGUAUAGUUUCGAUGUCAGUUCACAUUUUUUGUUUCAAUUCUCUUUUUUACCCUGUCAUUAGAUGGUGUCUUAGGUGAUUCAGGGGUUGUACAGUGGUUUGUUGAUGCCGCUGAUUCUGGCCUUUCAGUUUGUGUAAAAGAAAGUACCUUUACCU